UUGGUCAACUAGUUUUACAAUGUAGUUUUGUGUGACGAUCGUCUACGUGUGGUACUGUUGCGAUAGUUUACAUGAUCUUUGACAUUAUAAAAUAAUAUUUUUGUUUAACUUCAUUCAGUGUUGGAUAUUUAGUAAUCAUUAGUCUUAUCUGUUAGCAAUUAACGAAGAUUUUGCCGCAAAUUGAAUUCGAAGAUAACCUCUGAGCUUGAAACGGAAAUACUUUGACAAGAUAACCAGCAGUGAAGUAUUUAAUGAACGUACAACCAUUCAGUGUUUUAUUUCCAUUCAUACAUUCGUCAUUUUGCUACGUGACAUCCCGUGCUCCGAAUACUCUGCACAAUGGUACCGCCAGAAGAAAUCGCUUCUGCUGGAAAUCCCGACAUUGAAGGUGAGAAUAUACUCCAUUAUCUCUGCCGUGAAGGCGACAUUACUAAUUUGAUGGCGUUCAAGAAUGUCAUCAGUGAUGCCAAUCGACAUCUGGUGCGGCAAUACAACCGACAUGGAAAACAGUGUGUCCACAUUGUCUCCAACCCAGGCAUUGCUGACCCUCAGGAAAAACUGAAACUUCUGAUAGAGUGGGGUGCUGACAUCAAUGGUCAAGAGCGAGUCUUCGGUAAUACACCACUGCAUAUUACAGCUUAUACACGAAACCAUAAGCUUGCAACCUGGCUGUGUAAUCAACCUGGAAUAAACAUCGAAGUCCAUAAUCAUCUAUUCAAGACACCGUAUUAUGUCGCGGGUGAGCGUAGUGAUUGGAAGAUGAUAAAUAUAUUACGUGCUAAAGCUGGGCAAUGUAGAAUCUACCGAUGCAACGAAGCUUGGUUAUUUACUAAAAAUUAUUAAGCCGGCAUAUUUACAAGACUAAAUACAACCGUAUCUGGUUGACCAGCUGUCUUGUAGAUUAAAUAUGUAAUCAGUGUUUUAGGUAGAUCACUAAAAAAUAGCGAAGUAGGCGAUUAAUUGUGUCAUCGAUCGUUUUUUUGCCUUUCCUUCAUUUUUAUAGAUAAGUGUAAAGCCUUGGGGUAAAGUAAGUGUAGCUGUAACUAUAGGUUAAGAAUAGUUUCUUAAAUUGUCAAAGUUAGUCUUAAGGACUACAUUUUAAUAUAAAAUAGAAACUACGGAUUUUUGUAAUAAAUAUUUUAUUUUAAGGAAUCUUUUAUGUCAAAACUACAUAAAUUGUGAUAGUGAUAGAACCUUACACUUAAGACAUUUGGGGUAAGGAAAACUGUGACUAAAUUAGUUGUUCAGGUGAUUAAACUUAACGAUAAUUAACGGCUGUUUCAUUUCAAAUAGUUUUGCGACGUAGAAGUAUUUUUUGUCCAUCUCUUCGAAUAGUUUCUUCACUUCCCCAUGACAUUUUAGGUUUUGUGACUUCUAAACUUAUUGGUCUUUUAGGUAUCCUGAGACAAAAUUAAUGAAAGUAAAAUUUUUAUGUCAUGCGUUCACAGAGUGAUGUAUAAUUGUAUUGAUUUCCAGUAAAUAGGUCAGUAAACUCACAUGGGGACUGAAAUUAGGUUAUUUGGAAAUAAAAGUGUAUUUUUACUAACCUGCCUUCUCAACAGCAGGCACAAAAUGCAUUACUCCUUUUGCGAAUACUAUCCAUUUUAAAAACUCAGGAAAACAAUCGAUAUUAAAGAACUUUCAUUAAAUUUAAAUUCAACAGUUUUCUACACUCACUUUUCGGACUGUAGUUAGUUCAAUACUGAAAAAAGAAUGAGGUAAAUUGAUAAACAAGGGGGAAAACAGCACACAGUAUUCAUUAUUAGGCACUUUAUUUAAUUAAACCAUGAGCUGCCCGAUAUUUUAUUAUCUAUGAGUUUGGUUUUCCUCCAAUGGGCGAUUAUAUUUCCGUGAUGACGCAAUAGUGUGGUCGCAGACCGGAUAAAAUUCGUCAUAUUCUUUAAUCACUUUUAUUGUAUAUUGAACGUUUACUAACGGAUCAAAUCUGGUCAUGCAACAUACCGUCGAACACGAACACUUUCAUAUCUCCUCACAGGGCAAUGUCAAUCAAUCUAGAUUUUUUGCAUGGUACUAUGAAUUAAUCAAUCAUUCUGUUUUGAUUGCUUAAACUCAGAUAACUUUACGAAAUGUUAGGACCAAGGAUAACAA